CACCCCUCACCCAACCUCCUUUCCCCCACCGCAACCUCCACUUAUCAUCAACCUCUUAACCUCAUCAACCUCACCUAAUUACCACCAACAAUCCCAUCCUACACCCCAAAGCUCACUCACCAGACAACCCACCACCCAGCAUGCCCCCCCAACCCCAUCUCGACCACAUCGUCCUCCUCGUCUCGCACUCCACCCUCGAAUCUCUCCCCUCCCGCCUCACCGAAACCUUCCACCUCGCCCCAGGCGGCACCCACGCCGACGGCCUGACCACCAACAAGCUCAUCUUGUUGCAAGACGGAGUCUACCUCGAGCUAAUCGCCUUCGUCGACGACAUCAGCCCUGAAAAGCGCCGGUCGCACCGCUGGGGCACCCGGCCCGAGAACACCGUGAUCGACUGGGCGCUCACCCUCGCCUCGGCCGAGGAGUUCGGGGCGGUGCAGCGGCGGGUUGAGGCUGCACGUCCCGCGACGGGGAUUGCGUAUACGGAUCCCGUGGCUGGGGGAAGGGUGAGGGAGGGGGAUGGGGUACGGUUGGAGUGGGAGAUUAGUUCUGCUGUUAUUGAUGAUGGGGAGGAUGGACAUGAGGCCCGGGGGAAGGUUGAGGUGGGUCGUUUGCCGUUUUGGUGUUUGGAUAAGACGCCGAGAGCGUGGCGGGUUCCGUACCGGGAAGAGGGUCAGGAUGUGACAAGGCAUCCUUCGGGGGUUACCGGGGUGGCCGGGGUGACUGUCGUUGUGCCUACGGGAGAGAGGGGGAGGUUGAGUGGGGUUUAUACUGCCGUUCUGGGGGAGGGGGAGGGGGAAGGGUCUGAGGGUUUAUGGGAGGUGGAUGUUCCGUCCUCGGAGGCCGGGGGGAGACGUAAGAUCGAAUUGGUGGGGAGUGAGAAUGCGGAGGAGUGGGGGAUUCGGUUGGUGUUGAAGGGGGAGAGGGCGGGGAGCGUGGAGUUGAUUCCUGGGCUUGUUGUUGAGAUCGAGGAGUAAGAUGUGUGGGUGGGAGAAGAUUAUGCAUGUAUCCUGCGCUGGGCUCGAAUGGUUGAUCCGUACUCAGCUAGGCUAUAUCCGUGCCCAGUGUAAGAUCAUGUCUGCGAGUCAUACUUCUAGGUGUUGCAUUCUAGACUGUGAUGUGCGCGAGAUCCAAUCCAUCGUGUCCAUGCCCUUCAAAGAGCAGUAUUCUCAUUAGAAGGCAUCACGGUGCAGCACGGUGGUGACAGACGGAGUCACGGCUACUACCAAAAAGCUACAGGAAAAACAAUACCACGCACCGCAGGAGCUAAGCGGGAUGAAUCAUGCAAGGCACCGACCAG